CUGGGAGUAAUAGAACACAGAAGCAAAGAAACCCUAAUCGCCAUGGACAGGAUCAGCGACCUGCCGGAUUGUAUACUCUUACACAUCCUCUCCUUCCUCCCUACCAAAACCGCCUUCUUCACCACCGUCCUCUCUCGCCGAUGGACCCACCUCUGCCACGACCUCCAACACUUCGACUUCAACCAAAUCCAAUUUCAUAACAGCAGCCAUGCAUGGCCAGAGUUCUAUUCACGAAAGCGAUUGUUCGCCAUCGUUAAUCGGAUUCUCUCCCGCCACAAAGCGCUGCCAAUUCGAACCUUUCGUCUCACCUGUGACCUAGCUCAAUUCAAUGAAUACACUAUUGUGGAGUGGUUCAUUACAAAAGUUUUAGGGCCAAACCUCCAGGAAUUGAACUUGAACAUCCAACUCUCCAUGGUCGGUCUCCCCGAUUGCAAAGUCGUUAUUCCCAACAGCGUUUUCAGCUGCGCUUCCCUCGUGACUCUCCGUUUAAGCGGCGGCAACAUAACAUUCCUUUCGCCUUCUUCUUCGUCGUGCGGUUAUCACUUGCCAUCACUCAAGACUCUGGAGAUGCACAAGGUCGAGGCCUCUAUUGAUGACGUGGCAGAGCUUCUCUCUCACUGCACUGCUCUUGAGACUCUCAUUCUUGACUUAAACCGUCAAGUCAGCGAGGUCGGAUUGAGAAUUCACUUUCCUCUUUCUUUGAAGAAAUUGAACUUCCGAUCAGAUUUCGACCCUAUUAGAAUUUAUGGACUCGAAUGUAGGCAGCAGUUUCCUUCGAUCUGUGUUUCCAACUUGCACAAUGUGGAGGAAGCUACUAUCAACGUUACUUCGCGAGACUUUGUGCUCAAGUUUCUUGUGGAGUUUCGCUGGUUAAGGAGUUUGGUCCUGGGUGACUUGGUGUUUACUUGUUUGCCCGAGGCUCCUCCGGAUCUUAUUCCGGAAUUUACCUCAUUACGUAGAUUAGAGCUUGCUGUUAGGUAUUUCGACACGAGAUAUAUAAUGAAUAUGCUUGAGAAGUGUCCCAUGCUUAAAGUUCUUGUUAUUGUUUUUAUCACUGACUCUGUUAAUAAGGAUCCACAUCCGUCACGAAAAUGGGAACUCCCAGUGAAGGUUCCUACUUGUCUUGCAUCACAUCUGAAAGUGAUUAAAAUCAAGAGAUAUUUUGAAUCCAGAGAUGAUAGAGAUUUUUUCGCCUAUGUUCUUCAACAUGGACUUGUUUUGGAGUCACUUGAUAUUCAGGUGGAUCGUGCGAAAGCUGAAGCGUUUCCAGAAGAAUUAUCCCUUUUGCCAAGGAGUUCUAAGACGUGCCAAAUUAACUUUAGCUGGCUUUACGAUUAUGUGUAGGUAUAAUGGUGGAUGAUACGAGUCAG